AUGACUUCACUAUCUGACAGCGGGGACCCAGCGGCUCUCACGAAAUACUUCACGACCACGACUGGUACUUCCUAUGCCUACGACUAUGUUCCAGCCACUGGCGGCCGGAGCACCCUCCUUCUGCUCCACGGUUUCCCCUCGACGCGUGCAGAUUGGCAUCGGCAGUUUCAGACACUAUCAAGAGCUGGUUACGGAGUGCUUGCUCCUGAUAUGCUCGGCUUCGGCGCCAGCGAUAGGCCCACUGAUGUCAACGCCUUCCGGACCAAGCCUUUGACUGACGAUAUCAUUGCCCUGCUGGAUGCUGAAAACCUCAAGACGGUAGUGGGCGUUGCCCACGAUUAUGGCAGCGACUUUUUGUCGCGCUUGUACUUUUACCACCAGGACCGACUUGAAAAGCUGGCAUUUCUUUCUGUCGGCUACGCGCCCGUGGGCUUUCGGUUGGAUGUGGACGCCAUCAAUGCGGCAAGUCUGGCAGAUUUGGGAUACACGCAGUUCGGCUACUGGUACUUUAUGAACUCUUACGACGCAGGUCCCGUCAUUACCGAGAACCUUGAAUCCUUCUACUCAACCAUAUACACGUCGGACGCUGCGAGCUGGAUCCCUAAUUUCGCGCACAUAGGAGGGCUUCGCAAUCGGCUGACCAGCGGGAUCAGCACCGAACCCCUGGCCGGAUGGGACUCGCAAGCUCACAAGGACAACUGGAUGCGCCUCUUCAGCCGGCCGGGCGCGAUCGAGUCCGCCGUGGGUAUAUACAGACGUCUUAUGCGAGGUGUCAAUGCCGUGGACGAAGCUGGAGUAAACCCCAUGAAUGCCACUAUCCAUGUACCCGUGCUUGUCAUUGGUGGCUCGCAGGAUAAGGUCACUUUCGCCGAAGCAGCCGUGAACAACACAAGGACUUUUGCAAGAGACAAGUUUCGAGGUGUUGUACUUGACGGAGGACACUGGCUGCAGAUGGAGAAGGCCGACGAAGUCAGCUCGGAGCUACUCGAUUUUGUCAAUACUGCCUGA